GCAAAUCGGAAAGGUUAUCAGACCUGGCGGGAGUAAAUAAACGGAGCCUCGGUGUGCAGCUGAUGACGGUAAGAUGAUGGGCAGUCGCGAGAAGAAUUACGAGGACCUGCACUUCCCGUUUUGCGAUGAAGUCAGCAAGUACGAGAAGCUGGACAAGAUAGGACAGGGCACGUUCGGGGAAGUGUUCAAGGCUCGACACAAGAAGACAAAGAAAGUUGUAGCCUUGAAGAAGGUACUUAUGGAAAAUGAAAAGGAGGGUUUCCCCAUCACUGCCCUUAGGGAGAUCAAGAUCCUGCAGCAGCUGAAGCAUGACAAUGUUGUCAAGCUGAAUGAAAUCUGCCGCACAAAACCAUCUGCUUUCAACCGUUGGCGCUCCACAUUCUACCUUGUGUUUGACUUCUGUGAGCACGACCUGGCGGGGCUGCUGUCCAACUACAAUGUGAAGUUCAGCCUCGGGGAGAUCAAGAAGGUGAUGCAGCAGCUCCUGGAGGGACUCUUCUACAUCCACAGCAGCAAGAUCCUCCACAGAGACAUGAAGGCAGCAAAUGUUCUCAUCACAAAGUCUGGAACACUCAAGUUGGCAGACUUUGGCCUUGCCCGAGCCUUCUCCCAGCGCAACGGUCAGCCCAACAGGUACACGAACCGCGUGGUGACCCUGUGGUACCGCCCCCCGGAGCUCCUGCUGGGGGAGAGGAACUAUGGGCCACCCAUCGACCUAUGGGGGGCGGGGUGCAUUAUGGCUGAGAUGUGGACCCGCACCCCCAUCAUGCAGGGCAGUACCGAGCAGCACCAGCUGAACCUGAUCUCCCAGCUGUGCGGCUCCAUCACCCCUGAGAUGUGGCCGGGCGUGGAGCUGCUGCCUCUCUACUCCACCAUGGAACUCCCCAAGAACCACAAGCGCAAGGUGAAGGACAGACUCAAACCCUACGUGAGGGACCCCUACGCUUGUGACCUUAUAGACAAGAUGCUCACCCUGGACCCGGCUAAGAGGAUGGACGCAGACUCAUCCCUUAACCACGACUUCUUCUGGGUGGACCCUCUGCCAUGCGACCUGGGCAAGAUGCUGUCCCACCACACCCACAGCAUGUUUGAGUUUCUGGCACCACCACGGCGAGGGAAGCAGCCACAGCAGCAGCAGGCCACACAACCCCAGCCAUCACAAGCAGCUCAUUCCUCACAGCAGUCCCAGUCCUCACAAUCUGGCCAGUCACAGCCAGGGGGAUCCAGACGGCCAGGGCAUCGCUCUUCUGCCUCCGCCAGUGUAGCCAGUAUGUCUUCAUGUCCUGAGAGAAUAUUCUGAGUCUUGUUUCAGUAUUCCAGUUGCUCCCUGUGUACCGGUGUUGCCUCUGUACUCCACGGUAUCCUGGUGGCUGUGGGGCUGUGGGUGUUCUUGUUGUUUUGUAGAGGUCCUCCCCCUGCAGUAUUAUUCAGAUAGGCCUUCAUGCUGUGUGUCUGAGUUCAUGUGUAUGGAGGUCUUGGUUUAGUGGUGACAGGAUGGCGUGUUUUUCUUGGUGCAGUGAAAUCUUACAGUAUGUUUGGAGGCCUUGGUUUGGAAAUGGUUAGAUGAAGGAGUAUUUGUCUUGGUGCAGUGAAAUCUUUAUUAUUUUUUUUAGCACUGCAUCAAGGAAGGAUUGGUUAUCUUGGUCUGGUGAAAUCUAUCUUAAGGUUUCUAUAAUAUUGCAUCAAGGAAAGAUUGGUUGAGUAAUUUGAGUGUUUGUGUAAGUGCAGUGAGGUUUAGGGUUAUUUUGACGCUGUGCUGAGAAAGGGACAAGUAGAUAAUUAAGUGUUUCUUUCAGCACAGUGAAUUAUAGUGUUAUUAUGGCACUGCAUCAAGGAAGGAUUGGUUAGGUAAUUGAGUGUUGGUGCAGUGAAAUCUAGUGUCAUUAUGAUGCACUGAGGAAGAACAAGAUUAAUGAUUGGGUGUUUAUUUUGGUAUAGUGAAAAAACAAUUGCAGCAACAUUAGGGUUAGUGUGGAGCUGAGGAAGGUAUGGCACAGGUGAGCUGAGUUGGUAUGGCACAGCCAUGUGUGGAGUUAUUAUGUCACUGUGAAGGAUUGGGCAUGUGUGUUUGGGAGACAAUGUUAGCUGCAGUGGUGACUAUGAUUGGCUGCAUCAGUGGUGAUGCAAACCGUUCACUCUGAUUGAUUACUUGCGGCAAAACAAAGUACAUGUUGUUGAUAUGCAUACAAAAAAUUGAGUACAAGAUGAAAGCAACAGGUGCAAAUAUUUUACAAAUUCUGUUUUUCUUUUUUAAGGAAGAGAUUGUUUAAUGUAAAAGACAAAAUUAAUGGUACUUUUAGUUGUUCAAAAGCCAACAUUGAAUGGUUCAGAGUUAUUGAAAUAAUUCUGCAUCCUGUAUUAUAUAAGGACUGUAUUCUGAAACACUUCUGUGCCACACCAUUACUUUCAAAAAGCUGUAGUUGAAGUGACACAAAGUUUUUAAGUGUGUGUUUAUGGUUGUAGUGACAGAAUAACCAGAUUUCUACAUUAUUAACAGGAGAAGCACUCUUGAGAACUUGGCUAGUCAUCUCUGUGGCCUUUAAGAACAGUCUUGGUGAAAGAGCAAAAGCAUUUCAGAAUACAUGCCUAAGCCGUGUGUCGUAAAGUACUUGUAUGUACGUACAACUAAACUGUUCCGUCACGUCUGAGAAUGUGGCGUCCAACCCUUGCUUAUCACUCACUGCUACUCACCACAGCAUAUCAUGGUGCAGCAAGUUUCUCCAUUGGCUCACGACAGCUAUCGAAGAAAACUAAACAUGAAGGAUGGAACAGUAGAUUGUCAUUUACUAAACAAGCUUGCAUCAGUCAGGUGGUAGGGAGUGUAGGGAAUGUCUGGCUUGGGCUGUCUGGUUCCUAGUGUGUGUGAUUAAGUUUGUGUUCGCUUCCUUGGGUUCCUUUCUCUCCCAAGUUUCCAUCACAUCACUGCCAGACUCCUCUUAUGGAAGUAAUAUAUUCAGUACCUGAUAUUUAUGUUCUGUGUUCUUUGUCUCACAUGUUAUUUUAGUUUUCUCUUGUUUUGUUUUUUAUCAGAUUUUUAUUUUUAGUCAUGUUACCAAUCAAGUCAUGUCUGUAAGAUGUCAGUUACAUUUGCCACAUAAUCACAUUUGUAAGAUAUUGGAAAUCUUUAUUUUGUCAGAUCUUACUUCACAUCACAUUUAUAAGAUGUUGAUAGUAUCUUUCAUAUCAGAUUUUUAACAGACCUCAUGUUUGCAAGCUGCUUGUAACCUCUCACUCCUUGAAAGGGACCACAGUUUUCCAUACACCACAUACAAGCUAGUGUGUGAUCAUGUGGGUGUUGCAGGCAUAUGUUAUAACUUUACAGCUGUUGGUGAUAGGAAGGCUGGCAUUGGUGCAUUGGUGGUAUGUUGUGGUGUUGGCAGCAUUCACUCUUACUGUGAUUACUGUCCCCUUUGUGUUUACUUCUUUAUACUUGGGAAUUGUGGUCGACAAGUAGAUAGAACAGUAAGAAAUAUGAAGAUAGCUGGGAGAUGGUGGCUAAUUCUUGUGCAGUUGGGGUUCUUCAUUUAACAUUACCACUACCUGUGCCAAUAUAAGUCUGCAUUCCCUGUCAUCAAUUGCUGUCAUGCUGUCAUCCUUCAGGUCACAACUAAGCAAGGGUUGGAUGUGUUAUGAUCUGUUUUACUGUUUCGUUUACCAUUGUGCAAAAGAAAGUAUCUCAUGAAAAAUGCUCUGUGGUGUAAGAUCUCUUUGUUAUGAUUCUAGUGUAGUCACAAAUACCUGCAGUACAUAUAGGUACACACUUUUUAUUUUAUUUAUUUAUUUAUUAUUAUUAUUAUUAUUAUUUAUUUAUUUUUUUUUAUUAUUAUUAUUAUUUAUUUAUUUUUUUUAUGUAGGAGGGUCAUUGGCCAAGGGCAACAAAACUGCAAUUAAAAAAAGGCCCACCAAGGUGCCGAUCCCUGAAAGCAGUAGUAAAAAAUUACAGGAUAUACUUACGUUUAUUUUUUAAUCAAGGGUCUUUUAUUUUUAUUUUUUUCACCUGAGUUACCGUCACCAAUUGAAAACAUAGUCCGUAAGCAAAGUUUAUGAGGAGGAAGUUGUAGUGCGUCCAUUGGUGAGGCAAAUGGACUGCCCUUAGUACCUGAUCUAUCUGUCUUUUGUAUAUGGUAAAGAUAGUUUCUUCUCCCACUAGUCAUUGGGCAGUUGGUUUAUGGCUAUGCCUCUUCAGAGUACAAAUCAUACCCUGAGAGUAACUUUAAGGCUGAGUACAUAUAAGUAGGUUAGAGAGGAAACUUAAAAUGUACAUAUAAGUAAUGGAGUUAUUUUUUAUAGUGUUUAGUGAUUGUCAAGGCUGAGCAGAGGUCACUCACACUUUGGCGAUCACUUUUCUUAAUCAGUAACAUGUUAGAUGUAUGUUUCUCUAGAGUAUCCUGCCACCCUUGAGAACAUAACACUGUGGAAUUGAUCUGAAAGUGGGAUUUAUUACCCAUGCAAAGACUCCUUAAACUGUGGCAGGAGACUCAAGGUAAACAGGAAUCUGACACAUUACCAGUUAAGUCUUCAGAUCAUUAAGCUAUGAGUGGGUUUCUAUCAGCCUUGUCUGUCCUAUUACACAAGCAGGAUGAACAAGACAGCCAGAUCCUCGUGGUGUAAAGUGAGUUAGUGGCUUUUGUUCAAAAACUCUUCUGUAUCACUCUUGUAAUUUCAAAAGGCACUAGUUGAAGUGACACAGGUUUUUAUGGGUGCUUUUACAUUUCUAGUGGCUGACUGAUAAAAUUUCUACAUUAUUAACAUGAGAAACACUCUUGAGAACCUGGCUAAUCAUAUCUGUGGCUUUGGGAAAUAGAUAUGGUGAGAGAGAGCAGAGUUUCUGAACAUGGUUCAUUGUAUUAAGGUGCCGUGUUGGAGUGGCUGUCUUGCUGCUGUAGUAAUAUCUUCCACUUGGUCAAUUCCCUUGAGCCAGUGUGGAGGGCAGGAUGGUGGCUGUGGUGUGUGAGAGGCAGCUGCUGCACCACAUCCCCCCAGUGUCAUUAUUAUUGUUACAGCUUGUGAUGUCUCUACUUACCAUUAUCUUCAUCAUCUCUUUCCUUCUUUUCUCCUUCAUCUCUGUCCUCUUUUUCUUCAGCUCCUUCCUUCACUUCUCCAUCAUAUCUCUUCUCUCUCUCCUCUUCUUAUUUACUUUUUUUGUUGUCUCCUUUUCUCUUUCCCUUUUUCUCUCUCUUCCAAUGGGUCUUCACCGUUAUCAUCAGUUGUCCUUAUUGUUCUUGAAAGGCUGGUGUUGAAUUCUGAGAACCAGGAUUCACCAUAAUACAGCUCUCUCAUUCUUCUAUCCUUUCCUUCACAUAUACUUGCCUGGUCACAAUAUGAUAGAAAUGCUUCAAUAUGUUAUCAAUAUGUAUACAGUAAUGUUUUGUUCUGUAUCAUCACAACCACCACCUUCACAACCCUCAUCAUCAACAUAAGCAUGCAAUCCAUAAUCCUUUACAUGCCAUAGAUAAAUACAUAAUGUCCUUUCAUACACACCCAGAUAGUGUUAUGUUUUGUAUCACCACCACCACCACCACCACCACAGCCCUCAUCGUCGCCACCCUGAGCCACCAUGCUGCCCUCCCCUUUCCACUGCUUCCUGUUAGUUUUGCUGGCACGGCAGAGUGACCAGCUGCGUAGGAGAGGAUGGCCCGGUGCCUUAUCCUGUCACUCUUACUGAAAAGGAUUAUAAUGUAGAGGUUUAGAGGUUUAUUUUGUAUAUUUUGUUACCAUCUACCUGUCACCUUGUUUGUUCUUUUCUAAAUAUGUAUGUUGUAUAUAGUUAGCAGUCAAAGGUGGAAUAUUAUUAUUAUUAUUGGGAAGAGGAUUUAGUUUAACAUGACAUAUAUUUUUGUUUUUUCGUCUCCAGUAAACUUUAUUCUUACCAUUUGUAUAAAGAAAGAUUAUGAACAAAGUCUGAAGGAGUUCUCAUUCUUUAUAUUUGUAAAUAUCAUAGCAUAUAUAUAGAGAGACCUAAUUAAUUUAUAUGUAUGUGUGUGCACAGAGUACAUGUGAGGAGGUGUAUUGUAAUAUAUAGCAAUAAGUUAAGAGGCUGUUCUGGCCCCCUCGUCCCUUCCCAGUUGCCUCACCAACAUACCGGUGAGGCUUGCUGUGGUGUGGGACUGACGAAGGGCAGCUGGUGAACCCAUGUACAAAGCCUUCACAGCAACUAGUGCCCACCACACACACACACACACACACACACACACACACACACACACACACACACACACACACACACACACACACACACACACACACACACACACACACACACACACACACACACACCAGAAACAAGUUUAGAGAAUAGCGUUCCAGUGUUUUUAAGUAAUCUAUAAUUUUCUAUAUAGGAUAAGCACUGCUUUAAGUAUCUGAGUCAAAGUUUUGGCAACUCAACAAAAUAUUUACCACCCUACCACAACCAUCACUACCACUACCACUACCACUACCACUACCACACCAGAAUACCAUACCAAAAUAAAGCUGACAGUGAAUAAACAGGAUUACCAUUUUUAGGAAUUUUAGGGCAGUUCUCUUUUACUUUAGUCUAUUUUUUCUUUCUUAAUAAACAAUAUAACCUGA